UUGUUUGAUAUGCAUAUUAUUUCUAGAUUCAACAAGCAAUACCAUGUUUUACAUUGUGCAUUAUGUGAAAUUAUGCACCCAAAUAAACACAAAAUUCUUCUUACGAAGGACUCUCUUAACGUCUAUAGAUGCUGACUGCUCUUCUUCAAUGCAUCGUAAAAGGAGUUAGCAAAUGAGAAGUUUUCCAAUCAAAUAUUUCGGAGCUCGCAUCAAUCUCUUCAGUAAAGUUCUUGGCGCAUAAAUUUUGUACUUAUCCAAUAGAGAUGACUUGCAAGUCGCCAAAUUUGGGAGGAUGUCGUGAUUUCUAAACUCACAUACGUAGAUUGUACUCUAUGUUGCUGCAAAAUAGAGUCACGGUGCAACAAAUUUCACAAAGGGGAGUUUUGCGUUUCCUUGUUGUGUUAAUAAUAAAAGUAUACUUUCGGGAUGUUUGAUGCCCUGUAGAAAUUGUUUGGAGACAAAUCUUCUUGGAGAACACCUCGGCGUGAGUCCUCCGGCGAUGCCCGAUGAGGAAUCCGUCGCUUGGUCUCCUUCCCUCCUCUUCUCUGCUCCUACGCAGAAACGGAAGCUUCUCUCAUCGCUCCCUCAGCGUUGAUACUUCUCCAGUCGAGCUUGCGGCGGACCUCCUUCGCAGCAACGAAUGGAGUCCAGAGGUUGAGAAGGAGCUGAGCGGCCGGCUCCCCUCUUUCUCCCCUUCCCAACUCCUACUUCUCAUUGAGCGAAUUGGGGACAGCCGAAAGGCUCUGAAGUUCUUCGAAUGGGCAAAAUCUCGAGUACCCACAUGCCCAAUCUCGCGUGUUCAUGCCCCUUCUGCUUUCUUCUCUAUGUUCAAGCUCGCACUCGGCGACCCCGUGGAUUCCCGUUCACGAAUGGAAGAAUUGAUUGGGAAAUUCGACGAGCACAGGUCUCCUCUGACGCUGGACUCCGCCUCCUUGCUGAUCAAGUACUUCGGAAGAGCCAAAUCGGUAGAAAAGUCGAUUGCAGUCUUCGAAGAGGUAAAGAAGUCGCGAAUCCCUAUCAGGAGACCUUUCCUUUAUAAUAAUCUCUUGGAUGUUCUGGUUAAGUUUGACCGUUUUGAUAGAGCCCUCGAAUUGAUCCACGAAAUGCUCUGUGAUUGUGCUCCGAACUACGUUACCUUUUCGAUCGUUUUCUCUGGUUUAUUGAAGAAAAGUAGGCCUCUCGAUGCUCUCCGUCUAGCUGAGAAGAUGGCUAGUCAUGGGGUGUUUCCUGAUGCUAUACAUUUGACUCAAUUGAUUAGUAAGUUAUGCAACAUUGGUGAGAGAAGGAAGGCCUGGAUUGCACUUCAUGCUGUUAUGGAUAAGGGGGGUAAGGUGCAUGUUCCUUCUUUUAACGCUCUCUUAGCGGGUUUAGGUAGAGACUGUGAUUUUUCAAAGAUGAAUUUGCUGCUUAGUGAGAUGAAGAAGUUAGGAGUUGAGCCUAAUAUCGUGACAUUUAGUACUCUUAUCAAUAACCUUUGUAAAUCACACCGAGUUGACGAGGCAUUGCACGUGUUCGAGAAUAUGACAGAGGCUGGAGGAUGUGUUCCCGACGUUAUCAUGUUCAACACCCUGGUUGAUGGCCUUUGCAAGGUGGGCAGGCGUCAAGAAGGUUUGGCAUUGGUUGGUAGGAUGAAAGAAUUCGGCUGCUCACCGAACGUUGUGACUUAUAACUGCUUAAUAGAUGGGUUCUGCAAGGCUGGAGAGAUUGAUGGUGCUCGUGAGUUGUUCACCCAAAUGGUUAAUGACGAGGUCCGGCCUAAUAUGAUUACAAUGAACUGCAUCUUAGAUGGUAUGUGUAAGAAUGGUAGAAUAGGCAAUGCGCUUGAGUUUUUCCGCAGCAUCGAGGAGAAGGGUCUGAAAGGCAAUGCUGUUACCUACGGUUGCAUGAUCAAUGGCUUCUGCCAAGUGAACAAUGUGGGUAAAGCCCUGGCUCUGUUUGAAGAGAUGAAGCAGAGAGGUGUCGCCCCUGAUUUUGUCAUUUAUUGCACUUUGAUUUCUGGCUUGAGCUACGCUGAGAGAUUGGAUGAAGCACGUUCAUACCUCAAUUUGAUGAAAAAUGAUGGUUUUUGCCCUGAUAAUGUGUGCUAUAACAUUUUGAUAAAUGGAUUUUGCAAUAAUAAAGAAUUUGACAAAGCAUACGAAAUGCUUGUGGAAAUGGAAAAGGUGGGAUUGAAACCUGAUACAGUGACAUAUAAUACACUUAUUACGGCUGCAUGCAGGGAUGGUGAUUUUUCCAGUGCGCAUGAACUGAUUGAAAAAAUGAUUGCGGAUGGUUCUGUUGCAUCUGUGGUUACUUAUGGCUCUCUCAUCCAUGGUUACUCUAAAUCCGGAAAUCUUGAUCAAGCCAUAAACCUCUUUAAUAGUAUGCCAAAGGUGGGUCUUUCACCAAACAUUGUCAUAUACAAUAUUUUGAUUGAUUUUCUGUCUUUUGAAGGUAGAGCUGAUGAUGCUCUUUCUCUCAUGAAUGAUAUGCGUGACAAAGGGAUAAUCCCAAAUGUCAUUACAUACAAUGCUAUGCUGAGAGGGCUUGCUAGAAAGAACUUACGUGGUGAAGCUUUUCAGCUCAUGGAUCAGAUGAAAGAGCAGGGCUGUGAUCCCGAUAAUUUGACUGCUGAGGUUCUUACCAAUUGGUUUUCUACUUCUGAGGAUCUGUCCAAGAUAAGAAGCUUUCUGGAAGAGACGAAUAUAAAUGUUCAUGCAGUCUCUGCUUGUUAAUUAUUGAAUAAUUCUAAAAUACCUUUGGAUUUUGCGGCAACCGGUAACAUGGCCGUCUCAACAUGCUUGAAACUAUGUGUGGAUAUCUGCACGUGCUUUUAGUGAUUUUCAUUCUUGCUCUCGCUGAGAAGACCAUGGGGAGGUGGUGCCUGUUGUUGUUGUGACUAGCUUCCAACUAGAUAAGCUAAAGGGUCAAUUUGAGAUUCUUUCGCCAUCUCAAAUGGAAUGAGAUGAAAGAGUAUGCAGAUUUUAAGGAAUCAGGACUGUAUAUACAUCUAGCAGCCAGUAUGAUGUAUUAUGUUUGUAGUGACCUCUCAUGCCAACUCAGGCCAUGUUGAGAGGAUUGUAAAGGCGCAGGCUUGGUUCUUGCCUCAAAUAGAGAAUACAUCUUCGAUCUUCCUUCUCAUCCACUGCAUGAGAUGGCAUUUAUCUGCUAAAGGCUCCCUUCUAAAGGCGCAGGCUUGGUUCUUGCCUCAAAUAGAGAAUGCAUCUUUGAUCUUCCUUCUCAUGCACUGCAUGAGAUGGCAUGUAUCUCUCUCAGCUCUGCAGAGGGCUUUUUUUGGUUUUAGCAUUGAUAUUUGUCUAAAAAAAUGUAAAAGGCUCUCAGCUGCAGAGCGCUUUUUUGGUUUUAGCAUUGAUAUUGUCUAAAAAAAUGUAAAAGGCUGUGCGUUAAUGCUAAUUGGAAAUUUUGAAACCUGCACUUGUGUUUCUUUUGUC